GUGACAGCAACAGAGGUGUUACCAGCAAGCAUGUUCAUACCCGUGCCCAGUCCUGACAGGGAGUCCCAGAGUACACCACAAGUUCCAGCCAACUCAAACUCUGAGGACACAAAGAAGCAAGCUGAUGCAUCAGAAGCUGAUCCUGAAAAAGGAGUAUCCCUUCCCACAGACAUAGCUGAAGCUCGUAAGUCACCAUUGGAAGAUCAGCAGUCAGAAAGAGAGGAUGCUACUGGAUUUCUGUGCUGGAAGAAAGGUUGUAAUCAAGUAUUCAAAUCCUCCAACUCCCUCCAAAUGCACUUCAAUGAAGUUCACAACAAGAGGCCCCAGCUGCCUGUUUCAGAUCGCCAUGUCUACAAGUACCGAUGCAACCAGUGUAGCCUGGCCUUCAAAACUGUGGAGAAACUGCAGCUUCAUUCACAGUAUCAUGUGAUCAGGGCAGCUACCAUGUGCUGCCUUUGUCAGAGAAGCUUCAGAACACUACAAGCUUUAAAGAAGCAUUUGGAAACCAGCCACUUGGAAUUGAGUGAAGCUGAUAUCCAGCAACUUUAUGGAGGAUUAUUGAUGAAUGGUGACAUUAUGGCAAUGGGUGAUCUAACUCUUGGUGAGGAGCCUGGAAGUCUGGGAGAAGAUGACAAAGAGGGAGAUGACAGUGAUCAGGAGGAAAAACAAAGUCCAACAGGCAGCGACUCUGGUUCACUGCAAGAAGAUUCUGGGUCUGAACCAAAACGUGCACUGCCAUUCAGAAAGGGUCCCAACUUUACGAUGGAAAAGUUUUUGGAUCCAUCUCGUCCUUUCAAGUGUACUGUGUGCAAAGAGUCUUUCACACAGAAAAACAUUCUUUUGGUUCACUAUAACUCUGUUUCCCACUUGCACAAGGUAAAGAGAGCUCUUCAGGAGUCCACUACUGGUCAACCUGAGCCUACCAGCAGCCCUGAUAACAAGCCCUUCAAGUGCAGUACUUGUAAUGUGGCAUAUAGUCAGAGUUCUACUCUGGAAAUCCACAUGCGCUCUGUUCUACACCAGACAAAGGCCAGAGCAGCCAAACUUGAAGCAGCAGGGGGUAUCACCAGCUCUGCAAGUGCUCAUGGUUUAAUUAGUGGAGCUUCCAAUAUGGGCACGUCCGCAUCUAGUCCAAGCCCAGCCAGUAACUCAGCUACUAACUUAACUAACCACAGUUCUUCGGGGUCUCAGGCACCUCAGAGUAUUCAUGGAGGAAACCAUACAAACCAGUCCCACAACAUUGAAAGCUUGGGGAAUUCUUCAGUCAGCUGCCACUCCUCACCAUCUGAGAAUCAUGAAACCAAAAAGUCUAAAUUCUCAGAGAUUCUUUCUGCCAGGGGACAGCAACAACAGCUUCAGCAGCAACAGCAAUUGGCUCAGGCUCAAGCUCAAGCACAAGCCCAGCUUCAGCAAGAGCUUCAGCAGCAAGCUGCUCUUUUACAAUCACAGCUAUUCAAUCCUGCACUUUUGCAGCACUUCCCAAUGACAACAGAUGCACUUCUACCCCUACAACAGCAGCAGUUGCUGUUCCCUUUCUACAUCCCAGGGGCAGAAUUUCAACUGAACCCAGAGAUCAACAUCAGCAACUCUUUGCUUGGCCUAGCUGGAUCAUCAACCUCUUCCCUGUCAGAAGAUCUGAAAAACUCAGCCCAGCAGGCCCAGCAAAGUUGCUUGCAACAGCAGUUAAUGCACCAUCACCUUCAGCAGCAGCACCAACAGCAGCAGCAGCAGCAACAACAACAACAACAACAACAACAACAUCAGCAGCAGCAGAAGCAACAACAGUCUCAUUCACAGGUCCAAGGCCAGAUGGCACUGCUGCAGCAAACUGCAUCUCUUCUCCAGCAGGCUGAGAAAAAGCAGAAAUUUUCCUCCUCUCAGAAUGACAGGGAUAAAGAAACUCUAAAAGAGAAGGAUGUCCCUGAAAAAAACGAGGACUUUGUAAACAAAGAUUCUACAGAAACCAAACCAAAAGAAAAGAAGGACAUUCAGCAAAUUUCAUUAAAUAUUAAUCAAGACCCUGGCUUGCUUCCACCUAGGAUUGCUUCAGAUGCUCGUGGAAACGCAACCAAAGCCUUGCUGGAAAACUUUGGAUUUGAAUUAGUUAUUCAGUACAAUGAAAAUAAACAGAAGGUUCAGAAAAAGACGGGGGGAACUACUGGAGCAAGUGGUCCAGGUGGAAUAUUGAGAGUAGUGGACCCCAUUGAGGGACUGGAGAAACUGGAAUGUGAAGCUUGUGGCAAGCUGUUUUCAAACAUACUGAUUCUAAAAAGUCACCAAGAGCACAUCCACCAGGCCUUUUUUCCAUUUCGGUCCCUCGAGAGAUUUGCCAAGGAAUACAGAGAAAAUUAUGAUAAGCUCUACCCACUUAGACCUCCAACACCAGAGGCUGCUCCAGCUCCUCCACCCCCACCUCCUCCGCCGCCUCCACCUCCACCACCUCAAAGAGCUGCUACACCAAAUAUCCCAGUCUCUGCUCCCUCACAUACACCUCCAACUGUACCCACCCCUCAGCCACCAGUUCAAAUGACACAAAUACCCAUGCCAAUGGACUUGCCCCUCUUCUCACCUCUUAUGAUGCAGCCAAUGUCUCUGCAGUCCUUACCGACUCAGUUGCCUCCCCAGUUACCAUCUGUUGAGCCAAGCCUGGCAUCUGACCUGGCUCAGCUCUAUCAACAACAGCUUACACCAGCCAUGUUACAACAGCAGCAGAACAAGAGGCCACGGACACGCAUCACUGAUGACCAGCUUAGAGUUCUGCGACAGUACUUUGAUAUCAACAAUUCACCAAAUGAGGAACAGAUAAAAGAAAUGGCAGACAAGUCUGGACUGCCACAAAAAGUUAUAAAGCACUGGUUUAGAAACACCCUCUUCAAAGAACGCCAGCGCAAUAAAGACUCACCUUACAACUUUAAUAACCCUCCAACAACAACUCUAGAGGAUACAAAAGUUGAUUCCAAACCUCCUUCCCCUGAACCUCUGAAACAAGAAUUUUAUGGAAGUAAGAGAUCAUCCAGAACGAGGUUUACAGAUUACCAGCUGAGAGUUCUGCAGGACUUCUUUGAUGCAAAUGCUUAUCCUAAAGAUGAUGAAUUUGAACAACUUUCCAACCUUCUGAGCCUCCCUACUCGGGUUAUUGUUGUCUGGUUCCAAAAUGCUCGACAGAAGGCAAGGAAGAAUUAUGAAAAUCAAGGGGAUGGAGGAAAAGAGGGUGAAAGACGGGAACUGUCAAAUGACCGAUAUAUCCGCACAUCAAAUCUGAACUACCAAUGCAAAAAAUGUAGUUUGGUUUUCCAGCGGAUAUUUGAUCUGAUAAAACAUCAAAAGAAGCUAUGUUACAAAGAUGAAGAUGAGGAUGGGCAGUAUGACAGCCAAAACGAGGAUUCAUUAGAUCUGUCCCAUGAUAGUUAUACCCCCUCUGGGUCUUCCUGUCAUACACCAAUGCCCUCCUCUUCAAGCCUUUGUCCUCUUCCUCCUUCAACAUCAGCAUUUGCACACGCCCCAUCUACUGAGAAAGAGGAAGCCUCACCUGCAACCACUUCAAACCUCUAUGAUGAGAAGCCUAAGCAGUUACCAGAAAUUUCUCCUGAUCCACGAGAAAACCAAACUUCUAUUAAGCAAGAGAAUGUGCACCAACAUCCAUCUGAACCACAACAUCAAAGAACUCAGAGAGAAGAAAAGAUCCAAAAUAUGUCAAAGUCUGCCAAGCACUCAUCUCCUUCCUUCUCUCAGCAACAGCAAUUGUGUGGCCCAUCAGCUUGUCAGACAAGCCAGGCCUCAUCGCAAAGUUCCCACAUGAGCAUCAGUCAACACUUGUCCUCCGCCACACAACAACUGGCACAGCAGAUAAUCCCAUACCAGUGUGAGCAGUGCAAGAUUGGCUUUCCCUCAUUUGAACACUGGCAGGAACACCAACAGUUACACUUCCUCUCUGUGCAAAAUCAGUUCAUCCAUCCACAAUUCCUUGACCGUCCAAUCGAUAUACCUUUUAUGCUGUUUGAUCCAAGCAACCCUCUCCUGGCAAGCCAGCUUCUCUCUGGGGCAAUGCCUCAGAUUCCCAGCACCUCUGCCACCUCUCCAUCCACCCCAACCUCCACCAUGAACUCCCUAAAAAGAAAACUAGAGGAAAAAGCUAGUACUAGCCCAGGAGAGAAUGACAGUGCUAAUAGUGGAGAGGAGCCACAGAGAGACAAGCGGCUCAGAACCACCAUUACACCUGAGCAGCUAGAGAUUCUUUAUCAAAAGUAUUUAUUAGAUUCAAAUCCCACUCGUAAAAUGCUUGACCACAUUGCUCAUGAGGUGGGUUUGAAAAAGAGAGUAGUGCAAGUGUGGUUUCAGAAUACAAGAGCUAGAGAGAGAAAAGGUCAGUUCAGAGCUGUAGGGCCAGCCCAAGCUCAUCGUAGAUGCCCAUUUUGUCGAGCUCUUUUUAAAGCAAAAACUGCCCUUGAGGCACACAUUAGGUCACGUCACUGGCAUGAAGCCAAACGUGCUGGAUACAAUUUGACUCUCACUGGAAUGUUACCUGAGCAGGAGAGCAUGCAAAUUAAAAUGGAUGCUUUAGACACAUCAGCCUAUUCCCAAAUGGCACCCAUUACAAACCUAGAUGGACAAAGCUCCUCCAUGUCACCAGUGAAUAAAAGCAUGGAUCUGUCUCCCAGAGGUCUACUAAGUCCUUCAUCCAUCAAAGUGGAAGGAAUAGAAGAUUUUGAGGGUACAACAAUGUCUUCUGUAAACCUAAGCUUUGAUCAGAGCAAAUUGGAUAAUGAUGACUGUUCUUCUGUGAAUACAGCCAUCACAGACACAACUACGGGCGAUGAGGCCAAUGCUGAUAAUGACAGUGCUGAUGCAAAGAACAUCCAAAAUAGUGGUGAUUACCUCUCCAAGUCUGGAGGCACAUCCACUAUUCUUGAAAAUGAUGACCAAUUGUCCUCUGGGCUGGUAAGCCCUGCAACAAGCUAUUAUGCUAAGGACUUUGAAAAUGAAAACAUGAUUGACCACAGUGAGACAUCCAGCCUGGCUGACCCUUGCUCACCAAGUCCUGGAGCCUCAGGUACCAGGAGCAUUGACAGUGGAGACAGGCCUGGCCAAAAGCGCUUCCGAACCCAGAUGACUAACCUCCAGCUGAAAGUGUUAAAAUCUUGCUUUAAUGACUACCGGACACCCACAAUGCURGAAUGUGAGGUGCUUGGCAAUGACAUUGGACUUCCAAAGAGAGUGGUUCAGGUGUGGUUUCAAAAUGCCAGAGCCAAGGAGAAAAAGGCAAAACUCAACAUGGCUAAGCACUUUGGAAUAAAUCAGACAUCUUACGAAGGGCCGAAGACUGAAUGCACAUUGUGUGGUGUCAAGUACAGUGCCCGCCUUUCUGUUCGUGAUCACAUAUUCUCCCAGCAGCACAUCUCUAAGGUGAAGGAUACUAUUGGCAGCCAGAUCGAUAAGGAAAAAGAAUAUUUUGACCCAGCAACUGUCCGCCAACUUAUGGCUCAGCAAGAGAUGGACCGCAUUAAGAAAGCCAAUGAAGUUUUAGGUCUGGCACAGCAGCAGGCUAUGCAGCAGCAAGGCAUGUUUGAUAACCCCGCAAUGCAGGCCCUCAAUCUUCAGUCAGCCUAUUCGAACUUGCAAGGCAUUCCACCUGUCCUUUUGCCAGGGGUUGCCAGCCCCUCUCUUUCCAGCUUUAACUCAUCAAAUUCAGCUUUAACUCCUCCAAAACCUUCAAACCUCCUGAACAUGCCUGGUGCCAGUGUUCCCUCACCGAGCCUUCCCACUUCUGGACUGCCCAACAAGCCUCCCUCCUCAUCAUCUCUUGCCACAUCCAGCUCUGCCCAGACCAACACAUCUGCUUCCCACUCAAGCCCCACUCCCACGUCCAGCUCCACAUCCUCGUCUGCCCAGUCUAGUGUGCGGCCUGAACCCCCCAAAGAACGUGACGCUGAGAGGUCAAGAGAUAAAGAAAAAGUCAAGGAAAAGACAGAGAAGCCCUCAACCCCAUCUUCAACUGGAAGCACCCCUGCUCCUUCCACUUCUGCCGCCAGCGCCAAGAAGGAAAAACCAGACACAGCUGUCCCCGCCACUUCUAUGCCCACACCCGGGAUGGAGUAUGUGGUAGACCCUGCCCAGCUUCAAGCUCUGCAGGCUGCUUUGGCAUCAGACCCCACAGCUCUACUUACAAACCAGUUCCUACCUUAUUUCAUGCCUGGCUUUUCCCCUUAUUACACUCCACAGAUCCCUGGGGCUCUUCAAGGUGGGUACCUACAACCAAUGUAUGGCAUGGAAAGUCUUUUUCCAUACAACCCAGCUUUGUCACAAGCACUGAUGGGCCUGUCCCCCGGCUCCCUAUUGCAGCAUUACCAGCAAUAUCAGCAGAGUUUGCAGGAAGCACUACAGCAGCAGCAACGACAGCUUCAGCAGAUCCAGCAGCCCAAGGCAAGCCAAACUCCGGUACCCUCUCAAACCAUGGGGGAUCGCAAAGAUUCUGCCAAAGAUUCAGUUAAAACAGAGGAGCAAAAGGGUGCCCCCAUCAACGAGACCCCCACUUCCUCCUUCUCCUCCUCCCAUAAAAAAGUACCAUGUGAGCAGAACGAGCUGGAUGGCAAAGCUGUGGAUCACCCUCUUGAUCAGUUCAUUGUGCCGAAAAUGCAGAGUAAAGUGGCGUGUCGCAAGUGUCAAGCUGUUUUCACCAAGGAAGAAGCAGCUAUCACCCACCUUAAAUCGAACUGUUUUUUUGGUCAAUCUGUGGCAAACCUGCAUGAGAUGUUGCUGCGUGUCCCCAGUGGCGUAGGUGUAGGGGCUGGAAGUCUCUAUGACUGCCUGGCUUGUGACACUACGUUGGAUGGGGAGAAAGCACUCGGUCAGCACCUCCAGUCGGCAUUGCACAAACACAGAACAAUCAAGCGAUCAGUCAGAAAUGCCAAAGAGCACGCUACUAGUUUAUUACCUCACUCUUCAGCCUGCUUCCCCAGUCCUAACACCGCAUCUACCUCGCAGUCUGCCACUCAUCCCAUCAGCAGCCCCCCUCGCCAGGCAACAGCAUCAGCCACCAUGCCAUCUUCUGCUGUCUCCUCAUCYAUGUGCACCUCCUCUUCUAAGGCCCUUCUCCACACCACAGCUGCCAGCAAAUCCUGGUCCCAAGCCCCUUUCUCCAGAGCUUUAGCUGGGAAGCCCAACGCUAGUCCCUCCUCUUCUUUUCCUCCAGUGUCCUCACCUUCAACGGUUACCUCAAGUUCAUUGAGCACCUCAGGAGUUCAGACCUCGAUACCAACAGACGUCUUUACUGAUGAGUCUGACUCUGACAGCAGUCAGAAGUCAGCAGACAGGCAGGGCAGGACGGCGGAGGAGCCACAGCAGCCCAGCUUUGUCAAGGACAGUAAUAGUUGUAGUAACCUGGCUAGUGUAGGAACAGACUCCAGCAGAUUGUAAGAGAGCUUUCAGUGAUGGACAAUAUUUAAAAAAAAAUUCAAAGAAAAUGACAAAAAAAAAUUACAAAAAAAAAAAAAAACAUAAAAAGCAGCAAUGUUAAAAAAAUACAUGAAAAGUAUACAAACCAAUUUCAGAAAAAGAUGUGUAAAAACUAACUGCAAUUCCAAAGCUUGUAACCAAAAAUUUAAAUGUUAGUGGAUUGUUUUCCCAUAUCAACAUGCUGGUUUUCUUUUCAUGGUUUUCAUUUUAUUUUGUUUUAGCUCCAGUUAAAUACAUGCAUACUACUAUGUGAAGACAGUAAGACACAGUUUUAGGUAAUGGUGGAGGAAUGCUGUWCUCUAUGGCAAUGGACUGCCUCAAAGUUGACAAAUGUCCCCAAAAAACUUUUGUUUAUUUAUUUUUUCCCAAUAAAUGCAAGUUAACAAGCUAAUAUUUUCUACGUAAAAGCACAGUCACAAAAAGCCAGUAUGUACUGUAUGGGAGAAUAGUCUAUCAGUUUUCUUGCUAUUUAAGCAUUCAAAUACCAAUGGCUUUCAAAAGUAAAAGAAUAAUGUCUAUUUUAUUCUCAGGUCAACAGCUCAAAUAUGUUUUUCUGUUACAGAAAUUCACAUUUCCUUAUGUUCUCAACAAAWUUGUUUUUAUUUAUUUUUUCUGUACGGAUUUGAGUUUUAUUUCAUAACAAAAAGUAAAAUUUUAACAAGGCAUUGCUACUGGGCAUUUGAAAAGGUAAAUUGCUAAUCUUAACAUUGGAAGUUGUUUUAAAGGGAGGAAAUUAAUCCUAAUAUAUUCCCAUACAAGACCAUUGCAUACACAACAAUGGGAGAUGAAAGAAAAGAACAAAAAAUAAUUUUGAUAUGGAAAAAAAAACUUAAUCUUCUGUAUUUAUAAUUAUUCUAAGCAUUUUUGGUGUUAUGUAGAUUGUUGCAUUGGAAAUGAAUUUAAAAAUAUCGUAGGUUGGAAAGAAAAAUUUUGUGUACAUUUAACUUUUGUAUUGUCCAAUUUUAUGACACUUCAUUUGAUGUUGACUUGGUCAUUCCAAUAUUCUAGAAUAUGGACAGGAAAUUUAUUAUUUCUGUCUUAUUCUUAACGUUAUAAGAAACAUUCACUCAAAUGCCCCUCUUUGACAAGGCAGGAUCCUCUUUCAAAAUUAUUUAAAUUUAAGAUUUGGUUGAUAAAACCAAAACAAAAUGAUCCUGGGUGAGUUAUUGAGAGAUUUAUUUUUUAUUUAAUUCUUGUUACUUUUGUGCACUUAUCACUGUCUGACUUCAUUUUGUCACUCUUCUUGUUCCUCUGUCAGCACUUAUUUUCUCUUCUCUCCUGUGUUUGUAGAUGUGUAUACUACAAAGCAGUCUUUUGUUCCUCACGUAGAGUGGCUACAUUCUUUAUUUUUAUUUUGACAUGUUGUCAUAAAUGAAAAUGAAAAAAGAAUACUACUAAUAAUUCUCAUGCUUUAAGAAAAAAAGAAAAUCCAAAGACUAAACACUUUCACCAUUGGUGCAUAAAGAUGAGAAAAGAGGCUUCUUUAUACUUGAGAAUUUGUUGCUGUUUUUGAGGAAAGAACACAAAGUUUUAAAAGAUAAAGGAGUACGUAUCAGAGUUGUCCUCUUUGCUUCUCUAUAAGCAAACAGGUAGCUUUAUUACGUAGAUACCAAAAACCAAAAAAGGGCCCAUGUCCUUGCAUUGUGGAGUAGCACCGUUACAGAGCCAUUGCAGUUUGUAAGAUAGAGGUUAAUAAUCUUUGUUUGACUUUUGUCACAUUUAAAUGUCCAUUUUUUUAAGAAAAUGUAUAAGGUCUGGACUUCAAGGACAUACGUUUUGCUGCUAAUGUAGAUUUUUGAAAAAAAAAGGAAAGAAUACCUAGAUGCAUGCUCAUUUUGCUUUUUUGGCUAAGCUUUAACUAAAACAAUAAACCAAUUUCUUGCCUCUGCAACACGUUUUUUUUUUUUUCCUUUUUUCUUGUUGCAAAAACGGAACUUUGAAGACUGUGAAUAUAUGUUCCAAAGGACAUUUGCUGAGUUUUUUUUUU